CAGUCCCGGGACCGGACCUUCUCCCGCGUCCGCUGCAGGGCAUGGGCGCCGCGGCUCCGCGCUGGGCUGCCGCGCCCCGGCCCCAUGAGCCCUCGCCGGAGCGAGGUGCCGGCGGCCCGGCCUCGGGAGGGAGGAUGUGGUGAGAGGAUGGGGCUGUGUCCCGCGGGGGCUCGCCAUGGCCAGGGAGGACUCGGUGAAGUGCCUGCGCUGCCUGCUCUACGCCCUCAACCUGCUCUUCUGGGUGAGUUUCAGAGGAAUCCUGUGACCCGAGAUGAACUCCAAAAGCAGUCUACUCUGCCCAGGCCUUGCCCGGAGUCUUUUUUCUGCAUUCAGUGGCCAGAUCCUAACUGGAUAAAGGAUAAAGGAGUCUGUUGUGGUAUGACAAGUCACAGAGUUGCCUCCACCUUGAGAAUUAUGCACAAAGCUGUGCUGACAAAAUUGGAGCCCAUAGCUCAAGGGGAAGAAAAAACUUCCAACUGUAUGCUUAUACUGUUGAUGUCCAUCAGCGUAUUAGGUGUUUCUGCUUGGAUGAGAGACUACCUGAAUAAUGUUCUCACUUUAACUGCAGAAACAAGGGUGGAGGAAGCUGUCAUUUUGACUUACUUUCCUGUGGUCCACCCGGUUAUGAUUGCAGUCUGCUGUUUCCUCAUCAUAGUUGGAAUGCUGGGGUACUGUGGAACAGUGAAAAGAAAUCUGUUGCUCCUUGUCUGGUACUUUGGAAGCUUACUUGUAAUAUUCUGUGUUGAACUGGCCUGUGGUGUUUGGACCUACGAGCAGGAAAUAACGGUUCCAGUGCAGUGGUCUGAUAUGAUCACGCUGAAAGCCAGGAUGACCAAUUAUGGCCUACCUAGGUACCAGUGGCUGACCCAUGCUUGGAAUUUCUUCCAGAGGGAGUUUAAAUGUUGUGGCGUCGUGUACUUCACAGACUGGCUGGAAAUGACAGAGUUGGACUGGCCACCUGACUCCUGUUGUGUCAGAGAGUUCCCAGGAUGCUCUAAGCAGGCACAUCAUGAGGAUCUCAGUGACCUUUAUCAGGAGGUAGGAAGAAAAGUAUUAAUAUUUCAGAAGGCUUUGUGCAUUCUUCCUGAUACAGUAAUUUUCUGAAUUCAUCAUUUGCAU